AUGGUUGCCGUCAACGUUAAGAAAAUCUGCUGCAUCGGCGCUGGAUACGUCGGUGGCCCGACGUGCGCGGUCAUUGCGCUAAAGUGCCCGCAGAUUGAGGUCACCAUCGUCGACCUCAAUCAGGAGCGUAUCGACGCCUGGAAUAGCGCCGACUAUGAGCUGCCCAUUUACGAGCCUGGCCUCGUCGACGUCGUCAAGCAGGCGCGCGGGCGCAACCUUUUCUUCUCCACCAAUGUCGACAAGGCCAUCAACGAAGCAGACCUCAUCUUCGUGAGCGUCAACACGCCCACCAAGAAGAGCGGUGUCGGUGCGGGCUUCGCGGCUGAUCUCAACAGCUAUGUCGAGCUGGCGACGCGCCGCAUUGCCGCCGUCGCGCACUCGUCCAAGAUCGUCGUCGAGAAAUCCACCGUGCCGUGCCGGACGGCCGAGUCGAUGCGCACUAUCCUCGAGGCCAACUCGCGUCAGGGAUGCCGCUUCGACAUCCUCUCGAACCCCGAGUUCCUCGCCGAGGGCACUGCCAUCACCGACCUCUUCUCGCCCGACCGCGUGCUCAUCGGCUCGUUGCAGACGCCCGAGGGCAAGAACGCGUCCGCGGCGCUCGCCGCCGUGUAUGCAAAUUGGGUGCCGCAGGAGCGUAUCCUGACUGUUGGCCUGUGGUCCUCCGAACUAUCGAAGCUCGCUGCGAACGCGAUGUUGGCGCAGCGUAUCUCGUCAAUCAACGCGCUCAGUGCAAUCUGCGAGGCGACGGGCGCGAAUAUCGACGAGGUCGCGCAUGCGGUUGGCUUUGACUCGCGCAUUGGGCCCAAGUUCCUUCGCGCGUCCGUCGGCUUUGGCGGGUCUUGUUUCCAGAAGGACAUCCUCAACCUUGUGUACUUGAGCGAGAGCCUGCACUUGCCGCAGGUUGCUGCGUACUGGCGCCAGGUUGUCGAAAUGAACGAGUACCAGAAGGCACGUUUCUCGAAGACCGUGGUGGACACGCUGUUCAAUACGAUCACCGGGAAGCACAUCGCACUUCUCGGGUUCGCGUUCAAGGCCGAUACUGGCGACACUCGUGAAUCGCCCGCCAUCACACUCGUGCGCGACUUCCUCGCCGAGCGCGCAUUCAUCAACAUCUACGACCCCAAGGUUGAGGAGGCGCAGAUCUGGCUCGACCUCGCGGAGGCCUGCCCCAGCAUCCCGCUUGAGAUUAUCAAGAAGCAAGUGACGAUCGCGCCCUCGGCGCUCGAGGCGUGCAAGAACAAGGAGGCGAUUGUGAUCGCGACCGAGUGGAAGGAGUUCCGCGAGAUUGACUGGAAGACGGUGUACGCGCACAUGGCCAAGCCCGCGUUCGUGUUUGAUGGGCGCAUGCUUGUCGACGCGGAUGCGCUGCGGGAGAUCGGCUUCAAGGUGAAAGUCAUCGGGCGCGGCGACAGCGAGUAG